CUGUGUGUCAGCUGCGUGUGUUGGGCUGGGUUUGGGGACUCGUAGCCAUCUUGGAUGAACAGAAGCUCGCGUUCUCGCUCUUGCUCCCGUCUUGCUGAAUGUGAAAAUUGUUUCACAGGCUCGUGUGUUGUAUGCUAUUUGCGCUGUAUGGCAGUAGAACGAAAGUGGAAACAGGAAAAAAAAAAUCGGGACUCGUCGUCUCUCCUUUGGACGGUGGUGCAGCGCGGGUGUACUUUUUCGUGCGUCCCGAUUCGGGUAAACUGAUAUGUUUCGGUUGGAUUUCUAGCCAGCAGCAGACGAAAAAAAAAGUCGAGUUCCGUGUCGGAGAAAAGAGAUCAAUCCUGAAGUGCUCCAGUGUUGUGUGAGAUGAACGCGAGAUAGUUUCGAUUUUUAGUGGGUGAAACCGACUUGCAGAUCCGUUGUACACUUUUGAGGGAAAAUUCGUUGGUUUGUGCUGCUGCCAGAAAGUGUAGUUGAAUUUUUACUUCCUAGUCCGUGUUUUGGAACGGCUCCCGACGAUUGCGAAAUAUAAAACGGACAAUUUCGUUGUAAGCAGACCUAUCCCACACACACAGACCGAGUACAUCUGACUGAACUCAUCGUAACUCAAGGAAAUUGAAUUAGAUGUCAUUAUCGCACAAUGAUGAAAACACAGAUGAUGAAGACUGAACAAAACAAGUGAAACUAGUGAUCAUCAUUAAUCAAGACCGUGUAGUGGAUUCGAGUGGUAGAGUAGUAGAAAAUGUCUCCAAUGGACCCGGCUGCGGGCAAGGACAACAGUGUGUCAUUUCUGUUGAAAGCAGUUACAACACAAGCAGUAUCCCCAGUAGAAGCAGUAUCAGCAGCAGCAGCCGCUGCCAAUGAAUUUCGUAUGUGUUAACGUGUUGGAGGAGGAGGUGCAGCAGCAGCAGCAGCAUCAGCAUCAGCAGAAGCAACAACGUCAGCAACCGGAUACGCGGUGUUGCCGUACAGUAAGGAACUUUCUACGGCGGACGACGGCUACCGGGGGUCACGGUGCGUCAUAGCACGGCCGGUUCUCUGCUAGCAACAGUCCGAAGCUAGUCGUUACCCGAGCCCGACGUAGACUAAUGCAGUGGAGGAAGUUUGCACGGCUGAAAACGACUGGUACUGGACAUUCGCGUACGCGGAGAAUGCUUUGCUGUGGCCGCAGAAAGGAAAAUGGAAGAUCAGUGCCUGACCUCACCGCAAGUCCGGGCCGUGCGCCACCCGGACCGAUGCCUGCCCACCAGCAGGGCCAGGGCAUGCAACAGCAACAGCAGCAUCACCCCCACCAGCAGGGCGGCGGCCACAUGCAGCAGGGCCAGCGGUCUAUGGGCGGAGGCAACAAGGAGCCAGUAUUACUACAGGGUGACUUCCGGAAGGUGUCCGGUAUCAGCUCGGAGAUCUUUCGCCAGAUCGAAGCGGUGGAGAACGAUCACGACCCGAGCACGGCGGCAGCACUGGAGGCGGUGGAAAGGCGUGGUGAAAUGAUAGUGCGCAUUCUGGAGCCCCGCUGCAUGGGAAGCCGACAGGCCGUCGAAGCAGGCCAGAAGUUUCUUAACAAGGCCGAUGCACGUCACACGGUGCAGCUGGUGGAAAUAGUGAAACGACCCGGUCAAACGCUGGGGCUGUACAUUCGCGAAGGAAACGGUGCCGACCGGUCCGAUGGGGUGUUCAUUUCCCGGAUAGCGUUGGAGUCUGCCGUGUACAACAGUGGCUGUUUGCGGGUAGGCGAUGAGAUUCUAGCCGUCAAUCUGGUCGACGUUACGCGGAUGUCACUGGAUGAUGUGGUGAUAAUCAUGUCGAUUCCACGGCGUCUUGUGCUCGCCAUCCGGCAACGGCGUGGUUCACGGGGGGCUAACUCCCCCGGGCCCCAUCAAAUGUCGCGACCCGAACAGAAACCCCCGCCGGUUGUGGUUAUCAAGCGGGAUCUGCGGGAUGACGAUUUGGACGAUUCGGACCGGGCACCGCGUUCGUCGAGAUCUUCGCGGGAGCGACGGACAGGGGAUGGUCGUGAGAUGACCGAAUCCCGUUCACGGCUAGGGUUGGGCCUAAACAAUUACAGCCCUCAGAGUGAACAGUUAGACUUGUAUUACAACAGCCGCACAGGCCAGCCAGUGGAAACACCGAGCUGGGGCUACAAACCACCGCCACCACCGUCUGUCAUUACCGAGCAACCGAAGGGAACCCAUGGUUUUCAGACAUCUCACUCGUAUUACCAGAAUGCCGGGACAUUGGAGAGCUUGGCAGAGAAGGUGCACGCUUUCUAUCCGAGCAACACCACCAGCCGUCGAUUGUCUGCCGGAACUGGCGUUAGCAUGUCACAAUCCCACCAACGGUUUCCGCGCAGUGGCUCGGAUCAACAUCUGCCGCGGGUCGAAUACGCGGAUUAUGCAUCGCUCGGAAGACAUGCCCUCCUACGGUCUAGUCUGAAGUCUGAUCUGGUACAAGCGGCUCCAAUCGCUGGUGGUACCCUCGGUCGUUACGGACGUUACGAUCCUCCACCGUCAUCACGCACACCGAAAUAUGCUCCAUCACCGUUGGGUGCCACUGGUUCUCUUCAGCGGCGUUCCCGUCCGGCAAUAGAUUACUCAAGCGAUACGGAAGCUACGAUCGGUCCCCGACCUAGCUAUUAUUACUAUAACCACCCGGCGAUGGCUGCGGCAAUCCAACGUGGCAGCACACAGGCUCUCGGUGGUGGCCCAGAGUUCGCCAAAUUCAAUUCGUUACCGAGGGAACGGCCCGGAUCCCGAAUGGGUCUCCGCAGUCGGAUCGGCGAUCGUCUACAGGAUGAAACCGAUGGUAACUUAUCCGCUCCUGAGUACUCACUGCCCAUUCGGAGGGAUCCUCGUGAUCUACGCCAGCGAAUUACCGCCAGCCCUUCAAUAUUCACCUCGGAUGAAUACCGAGCCUGGUUACGACGAGCUCCCAGCAGUUCAGCCAUCUGCGAACAGAUGCGAGCUUCCCGCGACAUCUUGAACCAACAACGGGCGCAUCGGUUCUCCUGUUCAGCAGAAAACAUUCACGAUGUCCUGAAAAAUACCGAACACAUCUACAGCAGCCGAACCGGUCUCACCGGCGGAACACUCGAUCGGCAUAGCCUAACGGUAGGCGGCCCACGAAUGUCUUCACUGCCAGUACGAUCCAUGUCUUCACAGCACAUCGGACCGUCCUCCAUUCGAUCGCCGAGUGUUCGCCGUAUGCGGCAACUACUCGAACUGACCCAGGGUGGCCCUGGAGGUGUACCGGGUUCGGCUAUGGCAGCCCUAACCGGUCACCAGAGCCCGGCACCGACACCGAGCACAACACUGCCGCGAGCUCACCGACAGAUUGAUAUUAAUCCGGCCGAGUACACCAAGUACAAGCUGGAUAAACCAGUGGUGGACGCCAUUGGAAUGUCCGGAAUGCUUUGGAUUCAUCUACUGGCGGGUCGUGGCCUACGGGCCAUGUCAGAAACCACACAGACCCAGCAGCCGAUGAUCCGGGAUCUGUACUGUGUGUUGGAGUGCGAUCGUAUUCACAAGGCUCGCACGGUCGUUCGAUCCGGUGAUCUACAAUUCGAUUGGGAUGAAUCGUUCGAACUGGACCUGGUGUGCAACAAGCAGUUGGACGUUCUGGUCUACUCGUGGGAUCCGCAACAUCGACACAAACUGUGCUAUCGGGGUGCCCUAUCGCUCACCACACUGCUCCGACAAUCACCGAUUCAUCAGCUGGCACUGAAGGUUGAACCACGAGGUACGAUCUAUCUGCGCCUGCGACAUACUGACCCAUUCCAGCUGUACAGGCGCCGUGGAUUGCCAAGCCUGCGGGCAAGUGUUCCGGCCUUGUUCGGUGCAGAUCUGGAAACGGUGGUGACGCGUGAAUCCAAGGGUGCUCCCGGAAGCGCUCCAGUUCCUAUUAUUCUGCGUCGCUGCGUAGAGGAAGUCGAACGACGAGGCCUGGACAUUAUCGGGCUCUAUCGGUUGUGUGGUUCAGCUACCAAGAAGCGACUACUGAGGGAAGCAUUCGAGCGGAAUAGUCGAGCCGUGGAAUUGACACCGGAUCACGUGCCAGAUAUCAACGUCAUUACCGGUGUCCUCAAGGAGUAUCUACGCGAGCUCCCGGAGCCUCUGUUUACCAAGUGCUUGUUCCAAAUGACCGUAGAUGCGCUAGGUAGUGUUUGCUUGCCAGAUGACCCGGAAGGUAAUGCCAAGUUGAUGCUCAGUAUUUUGGAUUGUUUACCAAGGGCAAAUCGGGCGACAUUGGUUUUCCUUCUGGACCAUCUUUCGCUGGUAGUUUCGGCAUCUGAACGUAACAAGAUGUCCGCCCAAGCCUUGGCUACCGUUAUGGGUCCUCCGUUGAUGCUGCACUCAUCCAGCGCCGGUCCCAAUGAAGAGAUCGAUCACGCACAACCGAUCGCAGUGCUCAAAUAUCUUCUGCAAAUUUGGCCCCAGCCUCAACAUGGCACCGGGCACGUUGGUACUUCAGGUCGGCGCGGCGAGCCAGUAGAGCCGCGUGGAAACAAAGCCAGUGCGUUGCAAGUGGGCAAAUCACCGGCGCCUCUCCCGUCCCUCCCGUCGGCCAGCAGCCUCCACAAGCUCCAUCAUCUUCAACAGCAACAACAACAGCAGCAGCUGCAGCCGUCGCCGGCACAAUCUCGUCUGGCCCCGUCGGCAUCAUCCUCCCUGAUGGUGGGGUCGGCGGGGGCUAUCUCCCGUUCAGCAACCAGCAGUCCAUCGGCAACCUCCUUCCAACUCGGUCCGCAUCCGCUCUCAGCCACUCCCAGCAAUCUACAGUAUCAAUCAGUAGUGGCUCAGUUAGCUCAAUCCCAUCGAGUCUCGCAACAAGUGGGCCAACAGCACCAUCUAUUGGAGGCCUCAGCGGCCUCGGCGGAGCCCGGCCAAUCGCCACAUCACGCCACACCCUCCCCAAGCUCUAGUUCCACUUCGUCGGCCUCCGGAUCCGGAUCCGGCACGGACACCAUUAAACGUGGAGCCUCACCCGCCUCGGUUAAGUUUAAAGAAUCCAGUAGUAGCUACUCGCUUAAAUCCGACACCAGCCGCAUCCUGAGCAGCACCAGCAGUCUAGCGAAGAAGUAUGCCAGUAGCACCAAUGGCGCCGAACCUGUUUCCAACGGUGGUUCCACAACGUACGAACAAUCUCCCGCCGUGUCGUCCCACCAGUCACUGCUAGGCAACGGAACCAACGGUGUUCGGAAACGGGAAACGGGCAACGGCAUUGGCCCCAGCAUCAUCAGUAGCAGCAGCAGCAGCAACAACAAUAAUGGACCAAAUAUCUCCUCAUCAUCUGAUCUACAGUAUCCAUCCAGAAGUGUUCUUUUCACAUCGGAUAGCCUGUCAACCACAUCGACGUCACCGCAGCCAACGGCAGUGGCGACGACAUCGUACGGAAAGGUUGCCACCGUCCCCUCGUUAUCGUCCUCGGCGGUUCCAGCGGUUCCGGCUUCCUCCCUCGAUGUCGUCACAUUUAGUUUAGACGAAAAGAACAAUCUCGUGGUAUCGCCGUCGCCUUCGUCCGCAUCGGAGUCUUCGCACCAUUCUUCGAACUCAUCAUUGCGGGAACGAUCACCCCAGCCAUCGCCAUCACCUCUGAAACGACAGGAUCCGGUAGAACGGGCGGACAGUGCUGGCCCAACAAGUGCGGCAAGUUCAACUGGUUUCAUCUCCUCGCUAAGAAGUCAAACCCUCGGCAGCUAUCAGUUUCCAUCGAGCAGUCUGAAGUUAUCCAGUCAGCAGAGUACGGAUCCGGCAACCGGAGACGAUGGUAGCACUUCGUCGUUGCUUCGCAAACUCACUUCGUCACUGUCGAGAUCGAUCACCAGCAAUACAGGCACUUUACCAUUAUCGUUAGGUAGGCAAGGCGCGAGUAGUUCAUUAUACCAGCAAGACUUUUCCGGUAGCGGAAACAUCAGCAACAGCAGCAGCAGCAGUAGUGGUAAGCCAACGAGUGCUUCUCUCAAUUAUACAAGUUCGGGGGAUAAUGUCCUGGCUGAUAGUACAGUCACGACGGCUGCCGCAGUCAGUAGUAUGAGUAUCUACGGAACGCUUCCGAAGAAUUCUUCGGUUUAUUCGUACGGUGGUACAUCCUCUAGUCUGCUGACGGGAACGUCUAGCUCGUACGGUAUAAGCGAUCGAUUUCGGGCACUGACCGGUGCCUCCUUGGAGGGUUCCAGUGGAUUAGGAUCCAGUAUGACCGGAACUACGGCAAGCUCCGGUGCAGACAGUGGAGCAGGCUCCAGUUCUGUCGAUCUAGGAGCAAGUGGGUACGACUACGAGUCAUCCGGAUUCUCAUCCACUGGACUAACCUCCUCGUACGGUACCACGGCAUCCUCGGGAUCGAUGACCACUUCGGCAACUUCCGGGCUUUCUUCGUCGUAUUUCAGCACCGGCAGUGGAACCAGUCCGUUCAGUACCGCUGCAAGUGGGCUGGGUGAAACCGGUCCUCCUCCUUCGACAUAUCGAGUGCAAUAUUCGUCGACGAAUCCAUUCCUACCGAGCUACAAUCCACCGAGCGACAACGGCAGCGGAACUCACGGUAUUACCGGUCGCAACGGUGGGCUUAAAUCGUCGGACGAAGAUGAUUCGUUCGAUAUGAAGUAAAAUCGGCAGUAUUAUACUAGUAGGAACGUAGUUGGCAAUGAGAUUUUCCAGAGGUUGCCAGAGCAACCUUAGUAGAAGCGAACUGAAACGGAGACAUAAUGAUUCGCAAUCAAGUUUAGGUUUUGAACGAGAAGUAUUUCCGGAAAUAUUACCGCAACAAUCAAACAAACGAAACUCCCAGUCUUAUUGUUUAUCAGGCCGAUAGUUUUUGAGAAUUUUUUGCUAUUGUUUUGACAACUUACAACGUACGUACGAGCGGACGCGUGUUUUCACGCGUUCGAUCAACAUUCGCAGGUCAUCCGAAACCCUAUCAGCUAUACAGUGCUUCAUGUUUGUACCCAUUACCCCUCGUAUUGACCUGGCGAAUUUGAACCAGUAAAAAGCAACUUUUAGAAAACAAUGAUAAACCAACAAUUGUUAGAAUUAUUAUUAAACGUGCAUUCGAUACGCUUUACUUGUCAUCUGAGUAAUGAGAGAAAUAACGACUUGCUUAAAUGUUCUCAUAACCAAACGAAACCGGGAAAAUGCAACAAUUUUCUCACUCAUAACCACACAACUAAACAGUAUAUACAACCUCAAGAAUUUAGCAAACCAUUUAAAUCAAGGACAGGAAUCUAAAUCUAGGAAAAAAAAAUUUGAGUAAAAGCAAAAUACAACCAAAUACAAUAAGACGAAAGAAACAAGACUUACUUAUACAUUGGGCCCCUCGGCGGGUCCUUCACACCAACACAAAGGUGAAACCAAACAAAGAAAAAAAAAGAAAUGAAACGAAGCAACAACAAAUAAACAACAUUUACAGUCAGUCACAUUCGUAUUCGUAGGCGUAGAACGGUGUCAAAUCAGAAGCUUUUAGAACUGUGGAUUUCCGUUGGUUUUUUUCUAACCUAGUUUACUAAUCAUAAUUGAACAAAUUUCUCGAAUUUUCAAAAUCUAAAAAAAUAUUCAUCAAUUAAACGAUCCGGAAGAAAAAAAAAUACAAACCACUACACGUGCAAAUUUAGCACUCACACAUUAACCGUUUAUAGUAUUCUUGUAGCCCGAAGCAAUCAAGUAUCAUUACUGAUCCCUAAUCGUUCCUCAAUCCCAAACUCCAAACUCCCUUUUUCAAACGAAACUCAAUCAAACAGCUUCAGGCUAGUUAAGCUAUCCUUAAACGAAAUAAAAAUAACACACCCCAAUUCCAUUCAUCAAUAUUUAGCACAAUUUCAUACGAGUAACAGAAACACAUCAUUCCAGAAUCGUUCAUAAUCAGUGUACCCAAGAACCAAGUAAAUUAAAUAAGACAACAACAACAAAAACUCUAGAAAAUCUUUUAAUCGCAUACUUAACGAAAAGCAGGUUAAUUUGUUGAACAGAAAUAAAGAAAAAACGAUCAUUAAAAAAUAAAACAAGGACAACACGCCUUACGUAGCAAACGAAAAAAAAGAAGUAAAUCGGAAGAUAAACAGAGAAAGAGCUUCCGCUCUCUUACCGGCUUGUGUCAGCUUGUAAAUAGGAUAGGGAAAAUAAAAAUCGAACUAUUCACGGUACUGACCGGCGAAGGCGUACUAAUCACGAAGGGCGUGGAUUCGGCCGGGAUGGAUGGGAUCCUAUCUUAUAUAUUAUUCUAUACGCACUUUGUGGUCAAAUAUUUAGCUGGAACGUUUCGACGGUGACUGCAUUUCCAAUUUCCUCACAAUUUGACAGUCGCACAGUGGUUCGAAUCAAUAAAAACGUGGACAUAAAUCAGUAGCUGCCAAACCGUUCUUUUAAUGCAUAUAGUUGCUUUGAAGAAAUUAUUUACAAAUAUAUACCGCGUAAUUUGAUCCUAUCAUUAAUUGUUCAUGGCCUACUUUGACAAAAAAUGUAACCAUAACUUUUUUUUCUGAAGAGAUAGAAAUUUUUUUUUUCUACAAAGUUUUAGAACUAUUAAAAAUAAUUUACUUUGUCAAAUAUACCAAAAGUCUAGGUCGCACCGUUUCGGAUAUACAAAGCGUUUUUAUGGCAACCCCCUUAAAAUCAGUUUUUUAUUCAUAAAUUGUUUCAAAUUAUUUUGUUAUGGAUACUUUGUUUGGAAUAAUUGUAGAAUUUAUAAAAUCGCAUAUUUUUGUUGAAGAUAGUGCAUAGGUUUGUUCUUUCCUGGCAAAGUUAUGCAACAUUUUACCUUUUUUUUACCUAGGAUAAAACCUUGCACCGAAGCGAAAUAUGCAACUUUAUGCAGCUGAUGUUUACAAAAUUUGUAGGCAAAGAUGUGCCCAAUAUCAUGAAAAAAAAUCUAAGUGGAACUCGGUGGAACUUUUUUUUUAGGUCUUUUCAAAGUUAGUUUUAAUUACUGAAUUAUGGCAACCCCCUUAAAACUAGUUUUCUAGUCAUAACUUGUUUCGUGUUAUUUUUUUAUGCAUGCUUCGUUUGGAAUAAUUGUAGAAAAUAUAGAAUUUCAUAAUUUUGUAGAAGCUAAUGCAUAAGUUUAUUCUUUUCUGGAAAAUUUAUGCAUAAUUUCACCUUUUUUUACCUAGGAAACCUUGUACCGAAGCGAAAUAUGCAACUUAAUGCAGCAAACUUUUAUAAUACUUAUAGGAGAACAUGUACCUUAUCAAAUUUAUUUUCCAAUGAGAAUAUCUUGAGUAAUAUUCGUGUGACUCAUUUUCACUAUGGCCAUGCUGAAACCAUGAAUGGUUAAGAAACACAGGGCGCACAAUAGUCCAAAACUGGAAAAAGACGGUCACAAGUCUGUACAGACUUUCACUGAUUUUCAAGAGCUAUCGUGUCUUCGAAGAAGUUUUACAAAAUUAUAUAACGCUUCUUUUGAAAGUAGCAAUUUUUGUUAAGGGGGUAGUACCGAUUUCGAAAAAAAAAUAAUUUUGUUUUUGACGAAAAUUUUUUUUUUCUAUCUCAUUUCAAAGAAAAAAAACAUUUCAAGUAUUUUUGCUGAAGAUAUGAAUAAUACAAAAAAAAUUUUUUUUUGAAAUAUUCGCUUUAUUUUAAACAGUUUUUUUGGAUUUGCCUACGUAGAAUUUAUCUCUAUUACCUAAGUAUCUACUACAAAGUUAGCAUUUAAAUGAGUAACUUUUCCCAAUACUUUUCACAACCUAAUCAAUCAACUAGGUAGUUAAUGUUACCUAAUAAAUCAUUACAAUAUGUCACUUAGUCGCAUUGCAUUCGAUCAAUCAGUAUCAGUCACGCUAUCGUCCGAGUUUUCCGUAUCGCUAAUUUCUUGUUCUGCUGUAAGUUCUAGCAUAUCAAUUGCUUCCAGUGACAAUUUCUUUCCAGUUUUGAUAGGUUUGUAACAAAUAUUCGAAAUCAGUGGGUCAGACGGUACUAGGAGUCUACAAAAAACAUCUGUCAUCGUUUUUUCACGGCUGUUUUUCCUCGUGCCCAAGUUUGGAUUUUUUUUAUUUAUUUAUUAAUUUUUAACUUUUUUCAUUCAAUAAACUAUAAAGGUUGUUUUAUGAAAUCGCUUAUUUGAAACCUAAGAAAAAACCGUACAUUCAUGCCUUGGACGAAUUUUUGUAUCUUUGUUAUAUUUUACAGGCUGUUGAAAAAAGGCUUUGUGAGAAAUACCCCAUGGAUUAUUACUAUAUAUGCUACGCACGUAUGCAAAUAUAUGAAAGAUAUUUCUAUACUAUUUCCGACUACCAGUCUGGACGCGCGUAAACAAGCAUAAACAAGUUCAUGCUUGCACGCGCAACUUAAGCAAAUUGUUGCGAUUUUUAUUUUGUUACUUUUUACAAAUGACAAUAUUAGAAUAAAUCUAAGUGGAACUAGAUGCAAUUUAAGGCCUUUUCAAAUUUAGUUUUAAUUAUUGAAAAUCCGAAAAAUAUCAAAACUUCAACACAUAUUUAAAAAAUGGAAAAAUGUUUUCUAGACAAAAUAUGAUAAAGUAUUGUUAAAGUACAAACCUUUACGAAGACAUUUCAUGUUUAAACGUGUAAAUAAAUUGACUUAUCGCGAAGCAACACGAUUUUUAAGACGAGAUGUUGAUCGGGCGACGCUCACUGCAAAAGUGAGUUACAGAAAUAGCAGACGCGUGACGCCCUCUGUUUCUUAACCAUUCAUGGUUUCAGCAUGGCCAUAGUGAAAAUGAGUCACACGAAGAGUACUCAAGAUAUUCUCAUUGGAAAAUAAAUUGGAUAAGCUACAUGUUCUCCUAUAAGUAUUAUUAAAGUUUGCUGCAUUAAGUUGCAUAUUUCGCUUCGGUACAAGGUUUCCUAGGUAAAAAAAGGUGAAAUUAUGCAUAAAUUUUCCAGAAAAGAAUAAACUUAUGCAUUAGCUUCUACAAAAUUAUGAAAUUCUAUAUUUUCUACAAUUAUUCCAAACGAAGCAUGCAUAAAAAAAUAACACGAAACAAGUUAUGACUAGAAAACUAGUUUUAAGGGGGUUGCCAUAAUUCAGUAAAUAAAACUAACUUUGAAAAGACCUAAAAAAAAAGUUCCACCGAGUUCCACUUAGAUUUUUUUUCAUGAUAUUGGGCACAUCUUUUCCUACAAAUUUUGUAAACAUCAGCUGCAUAAAGUUGCAUAUUUCGCUUCGGUGCAAGGUUUUAUCCUAGGUAAAAAAAAGGUAAAAUGUUGCAUAACUUUGCCAGGAAAGAACAAACCUAUGCACUAUCUUCAACAAAAAUAUGCGAUUUUAUAAAUUCUACAAUUAUUCCAAACGAGUAUGCAUAACAAAAUAACUCGAAACAAUUUAUGAAUAAAAAACUGAUUUUAAGGGGGUUGCCAUAAAAACGCUUUGUAUAUCCGAAACGGUGCGACCUAGACUUUUGGUAUAUUUGACAAAGUAAAUUAUUUUUAAUAGUUCUAAAAAAAAUUUCUAUCUCUUCAGAAAAAAAAGUUAUGGUUACAUUUUUUGUCAAAGUAGGCCAUGAACAAUUAAUGAUAGGAUCAAAUUACGCGGUAUAUAUUUGUAAAUAAUUUCUUCAAAGCAACUAUAUGCAUUAAAAGAACGGUUUGGCAGCUACUGAUUUAUGUCCACGUUUUUAUUGAUUCGAACCACUGUGAGUCGGUUUGAAGCUUCCCCAAUCUUGUUUCCUGCUACCGUGGAUUUUGCUGUCAGAAUUCGUUGUCACAGCAACCAUUGUUGCCAUAGAAUAACUUUGAAAAAAAUACAAGGGUGGCUUCGAUGGUAAUCAAUUGCAUUGUGGAGUUGUUACUAGAAACAGACGUUUACCAAAUACAAAUAAUAAUACCCCUAAGUCCCAUACAAACGAACCGCCAAUGUUUGGUUCACAGCAUGAACAAGUAAGCCUUGCAAAUAUCUCCCUUUCAUUGCGAUAGUUUGAAAUUGUGUAAGAAGAUCGUUUCUGGCAACGCUUUAUGCUAGUUGCUACGGUGCAAAACAAACUUGUUUGCCUAUGUUUAUCGUUGCUGUAUUCAACUGCAACAAUCAGUCUUAAUAUCACCGGCACUAGCACAAAAGAUGAAAAAUGAACACAAACACCCACGAAUCUACAAAUAUCAAUACAAUCGAAUAUACAAUCCGCUAGUACCAUUCUAGAUUAUUGUUUAACUUACAUUUUGCUUGUGAUCUUGAUUAUCAGAUAAAAACUGUUUGUUUAUUUAUUUUUCACUAUAAUAAACAGUAACUAUGGUGAACUUGUUCUUACCCUUCAGUGUUGCUAGUUUUAUAGAAAACUCGUCAAAGUACAUUGUCACUCUGACAGUGUGUCAUGACAGUCACCCUUAUUCUGAAUAACGACGUAUCGUUUUGGCAUUAAAAAUGCCUUACUCUUCACUAUAUGGGGCCGGGUGUCAAUUAAAAGUUUCAAAAAUAGUCGCGUAACCUUUUUGUGUCAUAAUUUUGAACGUUAAUAACUCGGUCAUUUGUUGAUGGAUUGUUAUAAUUUAACAACCAAUCGAUUCGGAAACUUUUAACUUAAACAUGUAUGACGACGUCUUUUCAAUAAUUCAAUAGCAUACUAUUGAAAAAAUGGUUGGAAUCGACCUAUGUUUUCAUCUACCAAUCCCUGUUGUACAAAAUGACGUCAACUUUUUGUUCGGCAUAGGAGGCUUUGCGUCAUGCAUAAAAACACCGUAUCGUUAUGCGUAGUACGAAGAGAAAUCUAUAAAUAUAGGCUGCACAAAAUUUCUUUGCCUAGUUGAUGUUCGACUGUGAAUGAAACAAGUAGCUCGUCCAGUGAGCUGAUGACUGGAUUGUAUAUGCGUUCACUUACUGGAUUGUCGCUUUUGCAUUAUGUGUUGGUGAAAUUUCCUGUUGUCUGCGCAGCACCAUGUUCGCUUGAGUAUCUUAUAUUUCAUUUAGCUCUUGAAGAACCGAAUCAGCGUGGUUACCGAUUCUUUUGAAAUAUCCCAUGUAUUUAGCAAAUUUUUGGUCGAUUUUGCCAUUAAAAAUGCCUUACACUUCGCUUUCCGAGGCUGGGUGUCAAUUUAAAACAUGCAAGACUAAUCGCGUAACAUUUUUCUGUCAUAAUUUUGAACGCUUAUAACUCAGUCAUUUGUUGAUGGUUUAAUAUAAUUCAACAACCAAUCGAUUCGGAAACAUUUAACUUAAAUUUAUGAGAUAAUCUCAUUUGAAUAUUUCAAUUGCAUACCAUUGAAAAAUUGGUUUGAAUUAAGUAUUUUAUUUUGGUUCUCUGGUAACUAUCAGGCUAAUUUAGAAUUAUCGGCGAUUGAUUUUUCGGAUCUAAUUUGCAGCGCUUGUUCCUCGAGGAUUUGUUAAUGGAUUUUCCUCAUUUAAAUGAUUCCAAAGCUUCAAUAUUGUAAGCUUAAAAAUGUUUUCAUUUUUCAACGGAUCGGUUUGCAUACUUAAAUCUCCAUUCCCAUACGAACAAAACGUGACAAUGUGACUGAACAAGUUGUUGUCCCACCAGGAAUUAAACGCUUCAAAAGAUUCAAAAUUGAAUUCUGAAACUUAUCUAAAAGCGGUCUCCUCGGUUUAGUAGUAUAAUUGAGUUCCACAGGCUCACAUAUACAGUACAAUUAAAUGCAAUAUCAUAUAGUAUCAAAGAUAAACUCAAGGUAAGUUUACCUGCGUUUUUACAUGUAUCGUUUGAAUAGGAACCCUCGUAGAAUUUGGUUAAUCGCCAGUGUCAGUUCAAUUAUUAUUUGCUUCAAAACAAUAAGAGUCUGAUGGCUACACACGUUGUAACUAUGACAAUGUUCAUUCAUGUGUUAAUAACAUCAAGUUACAAUAUGAACAAAAUUCCGGAACGACCAUUAUUAGGUUAAAACUGGGGGUUAAUAAACGAUAUAAAUCAAAUUAAUAAGUUUGUACGUUUCUCGAAAAUUAUCAUCAUAAAAUAAAAUAGUUUUAUUUGUUCAGGUUUAAAUCUUUAUGUUGUUUGUAUCCAAAAUUGAGCUUUCAAGUAUAUUUGAAGUGUUGUGAAGUUUAGUGUAUCAUCUUCAUUAUCUUCUUUAUUUUUGUAUUUAUUAUGAAGACCCUAGAAUCGUUUCAUUUUUAAUGUUAUUGUGCUCGGUUGUGUCUUGAAUACAACCCUCUAAUUUUUUUCUAUCGUAUUUCAUUCGUAUUCCUAAUAACGCUAGCAAAAUCAAAGGUAGCUGGGAUUCGACCGAACCAUAUUCGAUCGAGAAACAAAUACGUCGUUAUUCAGAAUAAGGGCGAGUGUACCGCACGAUGCAAAAUGUGUCCGUGAAAAUUUGUCGAAGCAUUCCGUAUUAUAAUUUGUAUUUGCUUUUACUCCGAUUCUAGCCGGACAAUUUAUUCUCGCCAUUGAACUGCACAGCAAAAAGUUAUGAAAUUUACAGGCGACGCAAAUCGACAUUCAGCACUUACAGACACGUCAGAAUGCAUUAAAUAUGUGUUAGAUCAAUUGUGAAAAUGAGUUUUUUUUACGCUCGAAUAUGUCGGUCUAAAAAGACGCAAAUUUGCACGAUUUUUUGUAGGUGUGAGGAUACAAAUCCGGUUUGAAACCGGGUUUUAUAUCGUUUGAUCUUCACUGCAAACAUAACUCGAAUUUCCUAUUGGGAAAAGGCCUCCCCGGAUUUUUAGCUGCAUUCGAAAGGAAUUCUGAAAGGGUAUCUAAAAACCUCCUCCGAAUAUUGGGAAAAAAUUCGUAAUUCCAAACUUGACCAUAUAUCCAAGCCAAGGCUUGUCCUAAAACUUGUGAAUUCAGCCAAACUGAUGCACUGACACUCAAUACGUUGUUUCGAUGUAAUAACGUGUAAAUUAUCUGCAAUAUUUCUCUGAAAUAGAAAACUAUUGCAUUUGAUGUUCAGUACAGUUAAGUCGGUGUAGCUUUUCAAAGUAUUUCGAGUUGCAGUUUGCGACCGAAACUAUAUGAUUCACACUACAUAUGCCUACCAUUAUGGGUGACGGAUGAUUUGACCACGUUCAAAAAUUUCGCCAAAUUGGCGAAAUUGGGAGUAGUUUGAAAUUUAGCGAUACGCGAGCCAAAUUAUGGUGCCUAGCUCCAGUGGCUUCAAUGGUGUUUUUCCACCACUGAAAAACAAAUGUUUAAUUCAAAACGGUAGGUAACUACUGUCAAACCGUUUGUUUGAAGCUAAUUUAGAACCUAGUUUUAACGUUGUUGAACUGAAAAUCGAGUCAGUUUCGAACCUGGUUUUUAUAUCAGGUUUGUUCAAACCCCCGUUGCUAAGUGCGAAACCAACACAGUUUCGUGAAAAUUGUUUGUUUGUUGGAACUGCCCUGGGUGAGUUUCAGUUUUCUCAAGCGAAAACGACAUUAGUAAAUUUUUGUCUUUUUAGACCGACAUUUUCGAGCGUCAAAAAUAGCACAUUUUAACAGAUGAUUUAACGAGUCAUUCGUUCUGAUAAAAGUUUGAAGUGUUUAAACAUGCUAUUUUACGUGACUGCGUGAAAGGCGUGAUAUUUAGAUUUGCCUGUCCUUUAAAUUUGAAAAUUGGAAUGGAAAAUGUAUAAUGGUUUUUAUUAACACUAUUUCAAUCAAUGUUUCCGGGAAUUGUACAAAAAUAAUUUACUAAAAAGUCUGCAUUUGGUCACACGAGCUGAUUUUCAUACGAACCAUCUUUGAAUAGACAAUAGUCUUAGGGAGCAAAUUUGGGCGAAUAAAGUGGAUGAGCGAUCUUUAAAUUAUCUUGUGAACAAACAACUUUCUGUUCAAAUGACAGGGAAAGUAUUGCUUCGCAGUGAUUUCAGCUUGCGCAGCAAUACUUUCCCUGUCGAAGGUUUCUCCCUUUUUCGUGGCAGCUCACGAAAAGUAUGAUAAAACAAUCCCAGAAAGAUUUUUUUUUAGGAUUUACCAUGACUGAGUGAAAACAUAUAUUGAAGAAGCCAAAUGAAUGAGAAAUUCACAGCAAAGAUAAAGAAUGACGCAAUUUUACAUACAAAAUUUUGACAGCUGCCGGAAUCUUGUCAGACUUCUGCCGGCUGCCAGCUUUUUUUUACAAGCGGGAGUUACAUGUAUUUCCGAAUUGGCAAGAUUCUCAAACUACAGGAAUAUCUCUUUGAGUGACCAAAUAAAGCAAAUUUACUGCUAAGUUUUAGGAAGCUUGACAUUUGCACUGAAAAUCAUUUUUACCUAUUUUUUAGGUGAAAUCACUCAUUGCCGAGCUCUUCUAUAAGCUACCCAAAAUUAGGUCGUUAUCUACUCAAACUUUGAGUUGAUCGUAAAAAAAUGGGUAGCGUGCUUUGUUAUGGCAUAACACUUUGGGUCAUCACUCGUUACCUAAAAUUGAGGAGAUGCACUUUAGUUAAUUUUGUAUAGGUUUUGACCCAAAAUUAGGUAGCGGCUGGUAAGAGUGUAGUAAUAAAAAUUUUUCAAGAGUUUCAAGAAGUGAUCAAGUACACUGAUAUUCUGAAAGAUAUCCACCAUAACAAAUUUAAAUACAACCGGAUUCAGGUUUCUGAACUGAUCGAAUCUAAAAAAAUCUGAUUCCUGAUGAAUGUAAUUGUAACAAAAAUUCCAAAAAAUAUUCUCUAGAAAGCACGAAAUUUCCGGUAAUUUUAUACACCCCAAGACAUCUUCUUGCACUACACAGGUAGCCCAACUCAACGAAAGGUCGCCGACUCAAAAAGUACUGUGGUUUAAUUUAAUGAUACGGAUUGGUCUAGCAUCCGUCAAAACCAGGUAAUGCGUCGACUAUUUGAUUGUCUUUCAAAAAUUGUUUUCGAGAAAAAAUACACUCAAAAAUGAAACAGAUAUCGUUAAAAUUUCUCUAUUUUAAUUGUACUAUUUUUCACUCACACUUCCCUCCUUUCGCCAAAAAAAAUUUAAACUUCAUGAUUGUCGGAAUCAGAAUCAGUAGAAUUUAAUUGCCGUUUUUGUUUCCGAUUUUCGUUUUACUAACCAUUCUACUAAGACGAUCAAGCAAAGAAACUACUCAGACGUGAUUGCCAAAAAAAUUAAAUGAUCACCAAAGAAGCUACUCGAAAAUUGGUUGUAUAUCACUUCAUGCAAUAUUCACACGUACCUAACUCUGGUCUCUCUUCAAAUGUCGAAUUCACACGUACCAAGCGACGACUGCGAUGAGACACCUAGUAUUGACAGCGCACUAAGAAAAUUCAAGUCAGUAAAUGUUUGGGUAGAAACCUAACUAUCCGGAGGUGUUUGAUAGAUGCACAUUGAUUACAUUGUUUUUUAAUUGAGAUAUGUUCUACCAAUGGGUAAUGUGCUGUUCAUCGCAAUUAAGAGGGACAUUCGGACAUUGAGAGCACCCAUUAGUUCGGAUGUUUUACGGCACAGGCCAAUACAAACUAGAAUAUCGUUCAACCAAAAAACCUAUAUCCCUGUUUAAAUGGAGUUAAUGGCCCUUAUUAUCGGUAUCACUUCACGGUGAAAAUCGAGUGAAGUGAAUUCAGGUCCUUAUUACGGAAGCCCCGCUUCAGAGACAAAAGUAAUUACUUGGAUGAACUUGAUGUCAUUAUGAAGAAAUAUAGAAAAAAAAACAGAACAAAGUUAUUUCCUGUAAGAUAAAUGCCUGUACGCAUCGUAGAAUUCUAAAUUUCAACCUGCAUCAAACCAACAAAAUUAUUGUUGGAAACCGAGAUAUUGCAGCUUCAAACAAAAUUGGCUUACUUUGAACCAGAAUAUGGUUGUUGCCAAACAAAUGUUGGUUGUUUCAAAAAAACAAAACAUUGGUUGAAGUUUAGAACAAAUAUUUUUCAUGAAUUCAGCAACCACAAGUCUGAUCCCAUGACCGUAAAAAUCCGAUCCACCAUCCAUCGCUGAAUCCCGGAAAUCCACCGCAAACAGGAGUCAAACUCCCGGCUUCCCGGUUCAGUGCCGCGAAGUGUUCGCCCCCUCCCCCUCAGUCGUAGACUAUUCACCGUAUCACGAAUUUGUCAAUUUAUUCUGUAAAUUAAUGCUUUCACUUUCAAAUGCGCUAGUUAAAGAAUGCGAAACUAAGAGCAGCUCGCUGCAAUAUAACCUAUAAUUAAAGAAAAAACAACAAUCGGACCUUGUACCCAGAAUCAGCGAAUGCAUUUUUAAUCCAGAACGUUCAGUUCAGUUCAUGCUAGUUAGACUGUUGCUUGUCACAUGCUUAUUUGUGACAGAGCUGGAGCCCUCCAGUUCUAAUCGCAUCGUAUCGUAGCAGGCGUGCGAGCAGUGUCAGUUUGUUAAUUCAGUAUCACUCCCGGGGAAAAACUUACGUAACUGUCGCAUCGGUGGAUGAGAUCGCGUAGGAAUCGGAGAAAUUUUCUAUUACUGUAAAUAGUUCACGUUCGUUAUUCGUUUGUAGUGAAAGAAUUAAGCAAAACCAAAAAAGAAACAUGUAUUUGAAAUUACUCGUGUUGACAUGAAUGCGAUUUAUUAGUUUAUAGAAGAAAGUUAGUAUAAUUCAUCAUGAGUCGGGUGAGCUGACGUGACAGAUUUAAUUUAAUGUUCCAUUAUACUAUUAGAUGAUGAAUGAAGAGAUUUUUUUCCAAAUAUACUAGGUAUAAUCGAUAGCUUUUAACUUCUCUUUUAAAGUACGAGGUAGGUUAUGUUUCGUUACAGUUUGCAUUUCGCGCCUUUAGCGUCCUCCACGGGACCGUUAGAAAUUGUUACCGUCGACCUAAACAGGUUGAUUUUGGAUUUUUUCCCCUAGGAUAAAGAAAAUCUGUUUAUUCUGCCUUCGUCGAAUAUUGCACUCACUCAGUAUAAUUGAGCCCACAUACGCGCUUAAGCCAAAUAUGUUAUGAAUUAAAUGAACCGUAAACCUCGUCAGCAACGUAAGCAAAGUGAAAAAAAACAGGAACUGACAUCGAUUAUUAACCGAAGAAAGCCGGAAACCGUCGUCGUCGCAGUGUCUCUCGACGAACCGCCGAUCAAAUGUGUGUAUGGUUCCCCCCCCCCCCUCUCCCUGCAGCGUCUUUACGUUCGUGUGCCUGUAUAUGUGUGUGUGUGUGUUCUUCGACCCGCAUCAGGAAGCGUUACUCUCAGUCAAAAUACUCAUACUACUGUCAUGCCAACAGUCGCCAGUUCAUCCCCCCAUCGGGCUUGUCGUUAUAUCACUGUUUCAUAUCGUAGAAAUACAUACAUACUUACAUACAUGCAAUCUAGAAGCACACCUACAUGGAAGAAAACAAGUAAAACAGCAGCAGCAUUACACCUAAUGCAACAUCGAGAACUAACAACCGUACUAGUUGUAAACAUUCCGUUCGUUGUUACCCACACAUCCACCAGUUACUGCUGCAUGUAAGUAAAUAAAAAAAUAAACGGGAAAACUAACACUUGUAAAUCAUACGCAGGCACCCAUGGAUUAGGUUACGUUUAGAGCUCUAGAUCUCCAAUCGCUUCCCAACCAAAAAAAAAACAAAAUCGUACACCCAAACAUACUCUAACCGAACAAUAGCUAUUGUUGCAUGGCAAGUAACUCCGUACACGUAACCAGAAUUGAUGUAACCUAUGGAAACCUCUUUCCGUCAAGUGCUAUUUUCACCAAGGAAACCAUUCAUUCAUUCAUUCAUGCAUUCAAUGAUCAUCACCACUCAGUAAGGAUCCAUACACGAGAACUUCCAUUUCCGCAGUACGUCCUAGGGGGGUUCGUUUAAUUAUCAUCAUGAAAUCAUCGAACAAUCAUUAGUUUGAGUCGGGUAAUAAAUUAGGACACGGUUAGGGCACUACUCUCUGCAAAGUAUCUAUCGUCUGAAAACAAAAAAUGCACAAAUUCUGGGCACAUGCGUGCCUGCUGCUGUUGACGGUGACAACCUGGUGUGUGGAUGGUCCAAGUAAAGCGUUUCCAGCUCGAAAGAAUCGGGUUUCAUGAUAUUUCACAAAUCUCCAAAGUUCCAGAAUGUCCUCGAAGCGUCGGAAUUCGAUGCGUAGUUCGAUAAUUAACACGACCUAUUAAAUCUUAGAAGAAAACAUUACAGUUGCAUUAUUUUCUUUCCAAUUCAUUUCACUUUCUGCGCAGUUUAACCAAAGAUAAAUAAUAAAGACAUGUACGUGCUUAUAAAUAUUAUUGAAAAUGUGGUUCGUUCCCGGUACCUUCUGAAAUGACCGCACUCAUCACUUGGUGGAGCGCGAGAUUAAUUGCAUUGUUAUCAUUCCAACCAAAGUGUGCCAUAAAAUCUCAAUACAUACAAAUGAGCUACCGAAUCGAAAGAGUACUCACGGUUUGACAUUUGCUUUAUGAAUGUAUGAAGGGAACUCAGCAGUGCAAUCAAUUUAUCACCAUUGGUGCCAGUUUUACGAAGGACCGUAGAUGUGCGCCAAAAAAAGAUCGUGACUGUCAUGUCUGGAAAUUCGUUUGUGACCAAACCAUCCGAAAAUUCUCUUCAACGUAGUUUUCUAUGGAUUGGUUUUUUGGCCGUCAACAUAGAAGUCAGGCAGCACUGAAAUGAAGCUUCCCAAUAAAAAAAAAUCCUCACCCAAUUAUCUCCCAGACUAAAUCGGGUUUGGUCGUGUGAAUCUACCGACUUUAAAACAAAUGAUUUUUUAUGAAUUGUUGUAUUUCAUUAUUCAAAUUCAAAUUGACGAAACCGGUUGAUUAAUCUAUCUACAACAACGUUGCUAAAUUUCGUCGGCAGUACCGUCGGUCAAAAUCAGUCAUAGUGCACAUUUUGUGAACUGGUAAUUUUUCUUAUUGGGUUACCAAUCACCGGGUUGUCAUCGUCAAAACUUGUCAUUUGAAAUAUUUCACGAAACAUUUCACGUCAUUUUGGUCAUUCGGGUCCGCAAACAAAGCAACCGAGUUUUCAGUCAAACUAACAUACAUUUCUACAACAACAAAAAGCAUUGAAAAAAUCAUCAUCAGAGUAACGCUACCAGCACGAAUAACAGUAGGUAUAAAAUUCAUUGUUUUUUUGUUCUGUGCAUUGCUAGAGCAAAGCUAAGAAUGGUAAACAUACACACAAACAAUUGCGAUUUAGAACAUGAAGCAUAUCACACGAUGGACAUCACGCAACUAAGUGAAACUGAAGAGUAACUAUGUGAGUGAGGGAGACAGAAAGAAAGAACGAUAAAUAGGAAGCACCUUAACACGCAAACAUGCUCAUCCGAAUGUCAGCCACACAUGCACACUCAUGCAUACGAACAAAACAAUCGCGCGUGAAGGAAAUUAAGGUGAAUCUAAGAAGAAUGAGAACAAAAAUACAUUUAAAAAGUAAACAAAUAUUUUUUGAUAUAAAUUUACAAUCUCUUUAAGCCACCCUCAGCAAGAUUGUGGGGGAAAAUGCGCUAGCCGCAGUUUUUUUUUUGUUUUGUUCGGUUCUGUCCUACUUUUAGGCAAUACUACUGAGAAGGUAUUAAUUUAGCCACUAAAACUGUUUUGCGAUGUCAGCAGAACAAAAUUAAACCAAAAAAAUAAAAAAAUAAAUACACAAACAUCCGACGAACUGUGAAAAGCUUUUGCUCUAUCUUUUAACAACCGCUUGCAUUGUUUACAAGGCAUGAGGGAAAACGACGUGUCCCAUCUGAAAACAAUCGAACCAAAGCCAGCAGACAGACAUUCUUCUGGAAGCGUAACGCAUUUCAAUUGUAAGGCUUUUUCCUAUAACAAAAACCAAAAAAAAAUUAGUUACUAACUGUUAAGACCGACGCAGUAAGCUUACUUUAGUUUUUGAUAUCAAAUUCUUACUAUUGUUUUUUAAUUUUUUAACGUAAUAACUAAAGCUCACCUGAUCUCACACAUACACACAAACACACAGGAUCUGUGUUUUUUUUUCGGUGAGAGACACUGCGUCAGAAAACAAAGCGAUAACGAAGGGUAGUAGAACAAAAGAAAUAGCAUACAACACAACAAGUAUUAAUUGUAAUGAUUGAAUGGAAGUUAAUGGUACACGAGUAGCUGUAUUUAAACAGAUUUAAACAAACAAAAAAAAUAAGUGAAUGAAAGUUUUAUAUAUGUUGAAACCCAAAAAAAACUCGUUGAGGUAGCCUAUUAUUAGUAAAUUUUAACUUGAAUAAAGUAAACAAUCAGUUCUGAAACUAGAAUGAGAGAUGGGUAUGAUAGGCACAUAAAUGCGUACAUACACACACACAUACACGUUUUAGUGUUCACAAUUUGUUUUUUUUUUGUAUUAACACUGCAGCACCGUAUUGGUUGGCAUUUCUGUUUUGUGGCUUAAAUAAGUGAAUGAAAAACGAGGAAGAAAUGUGUAUUAAAGUAACCUCACCACGUUUAUGAAAAAACACACAUACAAACACACACACACACAACAGCAAACCACUAGCUUUUGAUACCGUAGCAAAUACGCGAGCAGCGCUUUCGUCCCUAGCUGAAGCCCCAAUGUCAGUCAAUGCCGUUUUAUGUUCGGUAUUUCCAUCAUAGUAGGCCAGUUCGGACAUGUAUUUCUAUUUCUGCUCGCGUGACAGUUGUUUGGUUUUGUUUUGUUUUGUUCACGUUUUGAAUCGGAUUCCCAUGGCAACCGAACAGCAAAGUGUUUGUUUCGGUAAACUGGUAAAACAUAGAAGGAGAGAAACGUGGUUCAAGAAUUACUAAUGGAAUUAAAUGAAAUUAAUAUUGUCACUGCAAUAUAAACCCAACUAAAUAGAAACAAUUUGUAAUCGCAGAGAGAGAGAGAGAACACAAAAUCGCUAGAAUAAAAAAAUUGCAAAAUCACUGAAUAUACACAAACAAUUAAUCACUAGGAAAACGUCAAACGCCCUGUUAGAAAAGUGGAACAAGUUGACCCCCGUCAGAGACGAAAAAAACGGAAGCGUUUUUUCUCAUUUGACAAUUCGAUCGUGUAACAGCAUCCUUCGUGUAGUUGUAAUUGAAAAAAAAAUCAAAAAACUAAUUGUUGAUCCUCUGCAAGUCUUAAUACAAAGAAAAAGAAGCAACUAAUUCUUUUCUAAUUGUUUCUGUUUGUUCCAAAAGAAAAUGUGAAAUAUUUACUACAGAACGCGUCAUUCAUUGUUGAUUAUUUAUUCGAACAGAAAAAAACCUAAAGAAAAUCAAACAACCUUCCCAAUUUUUAGUCCUUCUAGUCCGAAGAAUAAUAAAAACGAACGAAAAAAAAAUAGUGUAAUGUAAUCAUGCAAAAAAAAACUAACAUUCAUAGCGAAACGAGUUUCAUCAUCGUAUAUAGAAAAAAAAAAUAGCGAAACAACUACCACACGAAAUAAACGUAAGAAUAGUGAAAAUAAUUUCCAAUGUCUAAAUCCCUUGAUUUCUUCGACUCUAUUCAAUACUACACACUCUCAGCCUCCAUCGCUCCUUGUACGAACUAUAACUGAACUUUUCUUACUUUCGCACUAACACAAAUAGAGGGAGAAAACGAGAGAUAGGAAAAGAGAAAGAGAGAAAGAGUCACACAAACAGCAUGACGUAAGACGUUCGCCCGGCUUAUGGCAUUAGACUAAACAGAACAAACCAAAACAGAGACCGUGUACUGGGUUCUGUAUUAUCCGAUACGGUUUAUUUAAAUAGUAGGCGGCGAGCAGCAGCAACGCUGGAUGUCAAAUAUUUCUAACCUAUAGAGUAACAUCAAUAUCAGACAGUCAAUCAACAAAGUACGUACACGUAAAAUGAAUCAUUGAUGUUACUCACAGUGUUUGAAAUACUCACACCUACAAGUAAAUAAAACUGUUCAAAACGAAUGCGAGAAUAAGCAGACGAAGAAGAAGGAGAAAUAGAAGCAUAAAUUGCCAUCACUGCCACAAUAUUUGAAACAAAAGAGCUAAGUGUUAAACGUAAUCAGAUAGAAUCAGAAAUGGUACGAAGCCGAAGUAGUCAUAGAGCUAAUAGUGAAACAUUUUAACCAACACCUGCGAACCGGAAGCGAAACGUCAUCUCUCUCCCCUAUUAGUAGGGCGAACGUGUAUCCGUGCGAAACCAACAAAAAAAAUGGCUCCAUAGUGGAUUAAUUCUGUAUAAAUAAUGUAAAAUGUAGCAACAGCAGCAACUGAAAACAGCUGCAAACAGAAAACACACUCACACAUGCAUACAUUCCUUCCUGUAAACAAGGGAUACAUUCGCAGUCGCACACAUGCAUCAUCUCUCACGUACACUACUGUGCAACUCACAGUACAGCACAGCACAGCAUUGCACAGACUCAUAGAUGGCACAUAGAAGCAGUCUGCAUAGAGCAUACAUUUCAAAGCAGUGCAAAUACACAUCCACCAGAGUCUCGAAGGUCACCAAACAAAUGAAACAAUGGCACGGUUUUGGUGACGGUAACAAAACCAAACACACAGAAAAUCCUGCAAUGAAAAAACAACGCGAAACAAAACAACAACAACAAAAAAACAGAAGAAGAAUAUCCAAGGGGAAAUGGGAUGCAAAUAAACGCAGAAAAAAAAACAAGAAAAGAAUAGUCAAACACUGCGACACGGAAAGAUUGAUAAAAAGGAAGAAAAAAAAUCUACUAAUAAUUAUUAUAAAGUAAAUAAUGCAUAAAUAUUAAAAAUAUGAAUAAUGAUAUGUUAUGAAUAUAUUAUAUAUAUGAAUAUAUACAUGAUAAAUAUUAAAA